CCCUCCCAUGUCCAUGUCCCCGCCCUCCACUAGCCUCCGCGCCUUGCGUCCAUGGCUGCCCCCAACCCACGCGCCCCGCCGCAGGCGGCUCCCCACACCCACCUCCUCUUCCGCCUCCGCCCACCGACCCUGGUCGGCAUCCCGCUUCCUCGCCUCCGUCUCGCGGCGCCGGCUGCCACGGCGACGUCGGCCGCGGCGGCGGCCGCCGCCGCCCCCGACGACAUCUCGCAGCUCAACUACCGCCUCCGCGCCGUCGUACGCCGCCGUGAAUCCACUGCCCGCGGCCCCUCGUCCUCCCCUGGCCCCGUUGGCCCCGCGCAGGCCGAAGCCUACCUCCGCAUGAUCCGCGAGCAGCAGCGGCUCGGCCUCCGCCAGCUCCGCGGGGAGGGGGAGAGCGACGGCGAAGAGGAAGACGACGGCGGCGGCGGGGAGAAGAGGAAGGGGAUGGCGGCGGGGAGCUCGCUGGGGCACCGGGUGGACCCGCGGGAGCUGGAGCCCGGGGAGUACGUCGUCCACAAGAAGGUCGGCGUCGGGAAGUUUGCCUGCAUCAGCGCCGAGCACGGCACCGACUACGUCUUCAUCCAGUACGCCGACGCCAUGGCCAAGCUCGCCGUCGACCAGGCCGCGCGCAUGCUCUACCGAUACAACCUGCCUCACGAGAAGAAGAGGCCACGGAAUUUGAGCAAACUGAAUGAUCCUUCUACUUGGGAGAAGAGGAGGCUAAAAGGGAAGCUUGCUGUUCAGAAGAUGGUUGUCAACUUGAUGGAAUUGUAUUUGCAAAGGAUGAGGCAGAGUAGACCUCCACACGCAAAGCCUGCGGCGAUGGAUGAGUUUGCUGCUGAGUUUCCUUAUGAGCCUACUCCAGAUCAAAGCCAGGCUUUUAUAGAUGUUGAGAAAGACCUGACGGAACGGGAAACACCAAUGGAUAGAUUGAUCUGUGGAGAUGUGGGUUUUGGCAAAACGGAAGUUGCAAUGCGUGCUAUAUUCACUGUUGUAUCUGCAGGAUAUCAAGCUAUGGUUCUCGCACCAACCAUAAUACUUGCCAAGCAACAUUAUGAUGUAAUAUCUGAGCGUUUUACCAACUAUCCUCAUAUAAAGAUUGCCAUAUUUAGUGGUGCUCAGAGCAAAGAGGAGAAAGAUGAGCUAAUAACAAAGAUUAAGAAUGGGGAUGUGCUCAUCAUUGUUGGAACUCAUGCUCUUCUUACAGAAAGGAUGGCCUAUAAUAAUCUUGGUCUCCUAGUGGUGGAUGAAGAACAAAAGUUUGGCGUCCAACAAAAGGAAAAGAUUGUAUCAUACAAGUCUUCUAUUGAUGUUCUUACACUCUCUGCAACACCAAUUCCACGUACUCUGUAUCUGGCUUUGACUGGUUUCCGUGAUGCAAGUUUGAUGUCUACACCACCUCCUGAAAGAGUUGCUGUAAAGACAUAUGUGACAGCAUUUAGCAAAGAAAGGGUUCUAUCAGCUAUCAAGUUUGAGCUGCAACGUGGUGGUCAAGUUUUCUAUGUUGUACCUCGAAUAAAAGCAAUAGACGAUGCGUUGCAGUUUCUCAAGGACUCUCUGCCAGACGUACCAAUUGCUGUUGCUCAUGGAAAGAAAGUGUCAAAGACCAUACAACUUUCUAUGGAAAAAUUUUCUUGCGGAGAAGUCAAAAUUCUUGUCUGCACACAUAUUAUUGAAAGUGGAAUCGAUAUUGCAAAUGCCAAUACAAUGAUUAUCCAAUGUGCUGAACUAUUUGGGCUCGCACAGCUGUAUCAGUUACGAGGAAGAGUAGGAAGAUCAGGCAGAGAAGGUUUUGCAUACCUCUUCUACACUGAUAAGUCUUUGCUCUCAAGGGUUGCAACGGAUAGACUUGGAGCUAUUGAAGAGCAUUCAGACCUUGGCCAAGGUUUCCAUGUUGCAGAGAAGGAUAUGGGUAUUAGGGGGUUUGGAAGCUUGUUUGGUGAGCAACAAUCCGGAGAUGUUGCAAAUGUCGGCAUUGAUCUAUUCUUUGAUAUGCUUUUUGAUAGCUUGUCAAAGGUUGAUCAAUUUUGUCUUGUACCCGUUUCUUACAAAGAUGUUCAGCUCGAUAUAAACAUUUCUCCACAUCUCUCCUCUGAAUACAUAAGUUACCUUGAAAAUCCAGUUGAGUUGCUCAAUGAAGCAGCAAAAGCUGCAGAGAAAGAUCUGUGGACCUUAAUACAGUUCACAGAAGAUCUUCAUCGACAAUAUGGAAAGGAGCCCCGUGAUAUGGAGUUGCUAUUGAAAAAGCUCUAUGUAAGGCGGAUGGCAGCAGAUCUUGGUAUCAGUCGGGUAUAUUCAUCUGGAAAAACUAUCCUCAUGAAAACAAACAUGAACAAGAAGGUAUUUAGGCUCAUGACAGAAGCAAUGACUUCUGAAACAUAUCGGAAUUCCCUAUCGUAUGCUGGAAAGGAAAUUAAGGUUCGCAGCCCAACUGUUAGUGGCUUAGUGCCCACAAGUCCUGUUCAAAUUCCACAUUGUCCAAUUGAUCAACGUUUAACAAAGCGAUGUAUUCCAUCAUCCAUCUUUGUAUUAACCAAGUGUCUGAUCUCUGAUGUACUGGAUGAAAGAGAGAUAAACAGGAAGCAACCUACUGCUCCAGACUCCAACUGACGGCCAGUUACCUACAGGGUACAGGGCAUAUUACCGAAACUUGACUAUUUCAUUGCUUGUGAGUUGUGGUCAUUGCUGAUUCCUUCUUUUCCAAAAGCCUUAAUACGAUAAAGAAAAUUGGCAGGGUCUGUUGCUGUUCAUUGUGUAGCGCCAAUGCACCUAUCAAUUAGGCAGGCCGUCAUGUCCAGUUUUAUCUACUGAUACUUUAUAGUGUUAUUGGUUUGAAAUUUUCCCUGUUGAGCAAUACCACAUAAAGAUAUACAUGCAUUAUCAAUUUAUUAUACAUGUAGCACAUAAAUUCCCUUUAUAGGUGUAUGUGGAGGAACUUGAUUUACCUUGUUGAUACCAUUUUGAAUAUUUCAUGUCCAUAUGUAUUUCCUUUUUGACAAGUGUGCUCUUUUCUAGGCUGAACUCCUCGUCAGUUUGCCAGACACACUACUUCUGAACUGGCUUUUCCACUGCUUAGCAGACUGCUAUGCUGUAAUACCAGCCCUUGUGAAGUACUAGAUUCUUCUUUCAUCAGAAGUGAAGGUUUUUGCCACCACCAUGAAAGGGAACGAACUGUCCAUGUUCGAAGAGAAUGGUCUAUCCGAGAAAGCAGCCUUGGCUAUUUGAUCAGUCUGCGAUGGAUGGUUCUUCCUUGCGGUGGUACCGGCGCUCAGGCUCUGGCAACCAAGGCAUGCCCAAUAAUACACAAUAUUGAUUCUAAAGAAGUCCAUCAAAGUUGUUAACAUGAACUAUACACAAACUGGAGGAUGCUCGAUGCGAAGCCGCAGAUUGAAUUUCAACACUCGCUGAUAACAAUGGUCGAUGGAUUGCCUGUCACGUAGUCACUACGUCGGAUGCAGCAUGACAUAGUUAAACCCAUCGGAAAGCUCCAAAGUUCAGAUUCUACCCGACAAAAUAGAUUAUAUUCAUUCUUCCAGUAUUUUUGACAGAUGAACCAUCAAAAUGUUGCCUGACUAACUGGUAGGUAGUGUUGUCGUUAACCAUGCACCAUUUGUUGAACAAAAUCAUUUGCUAUCAGAGGGGAACUUGGGGCCAAUUGGCCUGUAAGUCAAUAUAUUUGUUGUAAAUGUCUAUCCAAACAGAUAGUGACAGUGAUCUUAGUAGCUUUGUACAGAAAGUUGUGUAUUGUGGUUCAUUUUUUUGUAGCUUAGCAUAGAUGAUUCAUGAUUGAAAAAAAAAACAGCAGAGCCAUACUCUGAUCUGUAAGAAGGGAAAAUUUUCUUGGAAAAUUAGCUGCAUAUAAAUAGGAAAAUAGCAUUCAUUGUAAGAUCAA